CACAGGAAAUUAUUCUGUGGAUGUUGCAGUCUACGUAGUGUCAUUCUAACCAUGCAAUUUUGGUCGGACAAACCGUGGAUUAGUCAAAUGAACUAAAGCUCGCUAUGUUUGGAUGGUAAAUCAUUAUGUUUUAACUUGAUGUUUUGAUAACGUCUCGACGUUUAGACGCUGGUACAGCCAGUUUUAUCGUAAACUACGAGUUCGCAUUUGCAGUCGCGAAGAAAAAAAAAACUGAAAACAAAAAUGGGCGAUAGAAGUAAGAUAAAAACAGGGAACCUUAGAGCAAAUGUUAUGGAAGAAAAGGAACUCUCCAAGCGACUGAAUCGUUUGAAAAGACAAACGGACUACUUUGUUUCCGAGAUAGAAGCAGAGCAAGUGGUAUUUGCCAAGAAGUUCUUAAGCCACUUAAACAGGAGUAGAAGGAUUGCUGAAGCACAGGAAUCUGUUGUGAAUACCUUCAAGUCAACGCGCUGGAAUUUUGCUUUUGAAAAUCAACGAUCUGACCAGACAAUAAGGUCCAAAAGAUUAAAUUCGAAAGAAAGCACCUCAUUGGAAAUGUUGAGCGGCAGCGUCCCUGAAGAACGCGCGGAGAAAAAACCCUCCCGCGUACUAAAACGCAUAAGUCAGCAGUUCGAAGUGCCUUAUAAAAAGCUGUACUCCUUCAAGACGAGCGAAUUCGGAAGGCCAGCCACUGUUCUUGACAUGCGUUGUAAGAUGUGGCAAAGAAUUUCGUACUGCGCGGAUAAAAAGGACAGAGUAAAAAGUGCGCCUCCGUGGGCUGAGAACUACAAGGCGCCCAGACAGAUCGAACAAGCACACUAUCGCGCGCUUGACUAUAUAGGCAUGAAGAAGAACCUUGUGAGUCCACCCAGCAGACAGCCACAAAUAGACAUAGCAGCUCUGAGGAGCUAUCGGGGACGUGAGGUCAAAGUUGAAAGAAGGGUUGUCUCUCAGUUCAAUGACAGUCUUGAACCGUUCAAGAUCAAACCAGGGGCGAAACAAAUCAUUUACGAUGCAAACGGAUUGUAUGGUGAAUUAGCAAAAUUAGCGGACAGGAAAGCUAGCUAGUUGUUAAUUAUGAUGUUUAGGAAUAGGUGUCUAAGUGAGCACUAAAGUUUAUUUUUUCUUAUUUACAGACUGAAUGUAGUAAAAGCUCAAUUUUCCUUUUACUCUACAUUCUGAUAUGCUAGAUCUAUAGACUGCAUGCACUGCAUUGGUUCAUUUCUAAACCGAAACCUUUUUAAAUGUAAUACACUUUGGAACAAUUUCCACUUAUAGGAAUGAAAUUUAUUUUUUUCUGGCUCUUGAAGAGAAGCGCAUAGUUACGUAACAGUGCAAUGUAGCAAUUUUUUAUUUGAGAUACUAAGCGCAUCGGGAUUGGUCAAAAACUUCUCGUUUAUUGCACUGUUAAAUCCAUAGAAAGCUUUUAUUGUUGUAAAUCUAUUUUAUGAAAGCAAUAGACCGCCACUAUGCGUUUACGGACGUUAUAACAGACAUAGGAUGCUGAGAGAACACUCAAAAAGUUUGUAAAUCACUCGCCGCGCUGGAAGCGAGGGAUGUGUACUUCACCCGUAAACCGAUAGAGAGUGCGGUCUAUUGCUUAAUUAAUUAAAACAUGUCAUUUUCACUUGCAAAUUGUUGCAGUAUUUUUUAUGUCUUUUCACCUGCAUAACUAUGUGAUGGAUGAAAUAAAAUGAAUUUUUCUGAGACUACGAGAAAGGGAGC